AUGGCAGCUAUGCCUCAACAUCCACGAUACCAAGAUGACACAACAAUCCAGGCCUGGAAAGAGUGCUUUGAAAACAGAUUUGACAAGGUCUGUCAGCGGCUCUGGGAGCGCUUUUAUUGCCAAGCCCGUGCCACCAUCUCAUCUGCUGAGCCUGUGAUCCACGUCUCUGCAAGGGACUAUGGAUCCCAUUCUGGCCCUGAGGCCCUCAUGGAGGAAUUUUCAGCCAGCCACCCACACACCCUAAAGUUCCCCCUUGUACUGGAGUUCUCUCGGGCCUGCACUCAUACCGACCGGAGAAGAAGGAUUCUUGGUGGUGCAGCAAGCAAUGGCUCCUCUUGA